CCAAAAUUUACACAUUUAACUUUAAAAAAUGAAUCUGCAAUCACUCAAAGUUCAACCGACAGACGUUGCCGUACUGAAUGCUUCCGGGCGGGCUCCUCUGCCCACAGAGGCCAAUUGUUUUAACCAAUUGGCCCAUGUGCAUCGUUUACGCGAUUCAGAAUUGAACUACAACGAUCAUCAGUACAAUCUAAACAUGCAAAUCCUGCGCAAUCGCGAGGGUCUUCAUGCGCCGCUUAGAAUGGGCAUGGAUAGGUUUGCGGCACGUCAAGUUGGACGUCUGCCCUUCCUGCAAUCCAGCUAUCUCAUGGACGAUGUUCUGACUGGACGCUGUGACACCAUUGGCUUUGAGGACUUCUUGAACUUGCCCGAAAACAAUGAGCAUAUGCGUCAACCUCACGCCGUAGUUGAGAAAUCGCUGGGCAUUUACCAUUAAAAUUAACCAUUAAAAAUAGAAAUUUCGAUUUUCCAAUCAGCCUUGUAACUUGAAUAUAAUAAAAGAUUUGUGGCUUGAAAAAAGAAAA